AUGGAUCAGGACCAGGAGAGACUCACUGGGAAGGAUUAUUUCCACAUUCUGAGCACACUCCCACCCCGAUCCGAACAUCCCAAACAGGAAGAACAUGACCAGAUGUUACAGAUCAUGGAGAGCUUCAUGAAACGAGUCAGCCUCUCAGUGGAGGAACUGGAUCGUCUCAAUGUCAUCCAUGUGGCGGGGACAAAGGGGAAGGGCUCCACGUGUGCAUUCACUGAGCAGAUUCUGAGAAACUACGGCUUCCGCACAGGAUUUUACAGUUCUCCACAUCUGGUGGAUAUCAGAGAGAGGAUGCGAAUCAAUGGGCAGCUGAUUGAUAAAGAUGUUUUUGAUAAAAACUUCAGGCUGGUUUAUAGGCGGCUUCAUGAAACCAAGGAAGCCCAUGAUGGAGCGAUGCCAAAUUACAUGGUUUUUUUCACCCUUGUGGUCUUCUGUGUGUUUCUAGAAGAGAAGGUGGAUGUUGCUGUUGUUGAAGUUGGUGUUGGGGGGCAGUAUGACUGCACCAAUAUUAUAAGGAGGCCGUGGGUGUGUGGUAUCGCCUCUUUGGGUAUAGACCACAUUAAGAUCCUUGGAGACACCAUCGAAAAGAUCACCUGGCAUAAAGGAGGGAUCUUCAAGAUGGGGGUUCCUGCCUUCACAGUUACACAACCAGACACUGCUCUGGCUGUGCUAAAGGAACGUGCCGAAGAGAUCAACUGUCCUGUGUGGGUGUGUCCAGAUCUGGAGGACUACCAGACGGACUGUGGACCCCUUCGUUUGGGCCUCGCAGGGGAGCACCAGCUCUCCAAUGCUUCCUUGGCCCUCCAGUUGAACCAUGCUUGGCUCCAGAGAAGAUCUUUAGCAGCUACCCCGCGCUCGAGGCACUCUUCCAGUCCGUGUCGCUUCAACCUUGCAGUGUUCUGUCCGAACAUCCCUGAUGCCAGCACCUUUUGUCAAGCAGAUCUCUGGAAUGUAAAUAACACCGUUGAGGACAUGAUGGCUUUCUGUUUGGAGCAUGAAAAGAACUGGAGACUGUUCAACAAUCUCCAGGAUAUUAAUGGUACCCACCAGCACACUCUGGUCUUCCCCUGCAUCCGCAGCGCCCUCCGGUGGAUCACCCAGGGCAGAGACUCAGCGCUGACAGACUCAGCAGACACAGUCCUGGUUACACCUAGCACCGAGGCCAAAGCUGCUCCGCUCUGUGAUGCUGCACAGAUCCACAUCCUUGUCACAGGGAGCCUCUUUUUGGUGGGGGGAACUCUUAAAAACCUCCACCCAGAAUCCUACAAAUGA